AUGGUCGAGCAUUUCCGUCUCAGCGAGCUAUUCGAUCCCACACAAGCAGCAAAAGAUGAAGCGCAAGGCGGAUUCGGAGCGCAAAGCCCAGCUAAGAACGGCGAUCAAGCUGCGAAGAAACGGGCUGUCUCAGCUCAAUCGGUAGCCCCGUCCUUUGCAGAUGGUCUUCUGGAUAAGGAUGUGCUAGAGAAGUACAAAGCUGCCUACGCAAAAUCAGGACCGUAUAAGCAUGGCGUUAUCUCACCUUUAUUCAACCAGGAGCUUCUCCGUUCUGUCCGCAGCGAGAUCCAAGAACACAUCUCGUUUACGGAGAAAGAGACUGACAUCUACAAGAUCUACCAGUCAGGAGAUUUGGCCAAUCUCGAUGGAUUGGAUGAUGAAUCGCUCUCACGGCUGCCAUCGUUGUUAAAACUACGAAAUGCCUUAUACUCAGAACCGUUUCGGGAGUAUCUAUCAAUAGUUACCGGAGCUGGCAAGCUGAGCGGUAGCAAGACCGACAUGGCCGUCAAUGUGUACACCGGCGGAUGCCAUCUGCUAUGCCACGAUGAUGUCAUUGGAAGCCGACGUGUGAGCUAUAUCCUCUACCUGACCGACCCGGACGUGCCAUGGAAGCCAGAAUGGGGUGGAGCACUGCGACUGUUCCCAACCACGACGGAAACGAAUGCGGACGGGGAGGAAGUCAAGAUUCCCAAGCCGGAUCACACCGUUUCUAUUCCGCCAGCCUUCAACCAGUUGAGUUUCUUUGCAGUGCAGCCCGGUGAGAGCUUCCAUGAUGUGGAGGAGGUGUACCACAUGGAAACCAAGGGUACCGAGAAGGAAAUAAAGUCUAGAGUGCGCAUGGCGAUCAGUGGCUGGUUCCAUAUCCCACAGGAGGGCGAGGACGGGUACGAGGAGGGUCUUGCGGAGAAACUUGCCGAACGAAGCAGUCUUCAGCAGCUCCAGGGUGAAGGCGACGAGUUUGAUCGACCACAACCGCAAUUCGUGCCUUACAAACCGGCCGAAGACCAAGAUGCAUCUUCCAAAGGCAAGGCGCCUGCUAAGACUGAAGAGGACAGCGAUGAUGACGAGGAGGAAGGGUUCAAUGACAAGGACCUUGAUUUCCUGCUAAAGUACAUUGCGCCAUCGUAUCUGACACCGGACGUAGCCAGCCAGCUGAAUGAGAUUUUCGACAAUGACCGCAUUGUCCGACUUGAGAAGUUCCUUUCUGACAAGUUUACCCCACGCCUGCGGUCGUAUAUUGAGAGCCAGGAGAAAGAUGUUGCAUUCCCUACUUCGGCCGAGGAGAUUGAGCAGAAGACGGAUUGGAAAGUGAGCCGGCCACCACAUAAGCAUCGUUACCUAUACCAGCAGCCGUGCUUAGACAAGACCAGCGAUGCACAGAAGGAAAAGUCCCCCAUCCAGGAGCUUCUGGAGGAUCUUCUACCAUCACGCGCCUUUAAAAAAUGGCUCUCUGUUGUUACGGGACUAGAUGGCCUGCUGGGAUACAACCUCCUUGCCCGUAGAUUUAGGCGCGGGGAGGACUAUACCCUUGCCAGUGGGUACGAGGGCGAAUCCCCCCGCCUUGAGUUCACCAUUGGCAUCACCCCAACCCCUGGCUGGGAGAAGGAUGAGGAAGAAGGCGAGGAAGGAGAAGGCGAGCAGCAGGAGGGAACCGGAAAAGCAGACAAGACCAAGGCCAAGGCCAACGGUAAAGUCAAACCAGAGGCUGCAGAGACAUCAGCGGAAGCAGAACUGUCCGUUGGAGGCUACGAAAUCUACAUGGCAGGUGACGACGAGGAGGAAGACGAUGAGGAAGCAGGCGCAGCAGCUGAACAAACGCUGGGCUCCACGGGAAGCAAAUCAAAGGUGAACAAGUCAAAAGCCGACCCAGCCAUCUACAAGUCGUCCACCAAUGAUGAAGACGAUGGAAUCCUGUUCAGCAUGGGCGCCGGCUGGAACCGCAUGAGCAUUGUGCUACGGGACCAAGGGCCGCUGAAGUUUGUCAAGUAUGUGAGUCGUGCAGCCAAGGGCGAUCGGUGGGAUAUUACCGGAGAGAUAGACGUCGAGUAUGACGAGGAGGAGGAGGAUGAUGCAGAGGGCGACGAGUAG